CGCUUGCCGCUUUCUUCCGGACUCCCGAACGCCAUAAAGCCCCCGCCUUGCAGACUUGGAGCCCACGUAUAAAUAUCUAAAAACCAUUAGGAACGACAGCGAACGUUCUCGCGCGUUCCAAACCCUCGCCCACGGUCCGCCAUAGCCUUAGAACCCUUUUUCCUCGUUGCGAACUACUCGAUCUCGGACAGAGCAAGAAGGCUUUUGACUAUUCUUACAUGAUGCAGUCAUUGAGUGCAACCAUAGCGUCACCAAGUGUAUAUCUGCCUACUUUUACAACCACAUCCAUGAGGUCUUUAGGCAACAGGAGGCUACAACAUACCCCAUAUGAUCUCGGACUACCUGCCACACAAUCUCAGCCAUUUCAGCAGAAACGGACAAUUUCAUUUCCUCGAAGAUUGCCUUCCACUGCAAGGAUUUGUGCAGCUUCUUUGAAAGCAAGUUGUGCAGCAGCGCAAACCCAAACUGUGCAACGUCAAUCAUCAACUAUUAGUGUCAAUCCCAUUAAAGGGAAGGAGAAGCUACCGAAGCUGGAUGAUGGAGGUACAGGCUUCCCCCCACGAAAUGAUGGCGGCGGUGGAGGUGGUGGCGGUGGUGGGCAUAAAUGGUCAGGUGGAUUCUACUUUUUUGCUUUCCUUGUUUUCCUAGAUUAUCUGAAGGAUCUAGAGAGAGAGUGACGAACCUUCCAGGCAUAGAGAUGAAUAAACCGCGCGUAGUAAGGAUGGUGAUUGUUUCUCUCUGUAUUCUGCUUUAGCAAGAAUAAUGUCUUUUUUUAAAAAGAAAAUUUAAUAAAAUGAUGUUAUAUGGAUUAGGCUUCUAA